AUGGCCGACCCCCAAUUCGCCAAGUAUCCCGACCUGUCCCUCGCACAGGACGUCUUCAACCUCUCCAACCCAUCAUGCACUUCGACGGUUCGACAAAGCUCGCUCAAGAGGCUUCAUAAUGCCAUCAAGGAACACAAGAUGGCCCCGCUUUACAGGCAUCUUGCACACCCUACUGAUGGGAUCUUGAAUACCUCGGGCGAAGGAGUUGCCCAACAACCAUCGACUAAUGGAGCUGGUUCUGGGCGACCGAUCAUCACGUCCAACUUGCUCACCGGACGGAAAUUGCCUCAGCGGGUGGACUUUCCAUGGGAUGAGAAGCUGUACGACACAUUAAAGGAGGAGAAUAAGAAGGAGCUCGAGUCUUACCAGAAGGAGGAAGACGAGGCUGGCGAGGCCGCGGGUGAGACCGAGGUGCUCGCUGCCCAAGGAAAACGCGCAGAGUUCUGGGCUCGCGUGGGAGACAAGGACAAAGCUAUUCAGACGUACGAAGCAGUGCUCGAGAAGACUAAUAUCCUGGGAACGAAAAUCGACUUGGUCCUGGCCAUGAUCCGUGUUGGUCUAUUCUUUGGCGACAAGGUUUUUGUGAAGAAUACUGUGGAACGUGCGAAUGCCCUGGUGGAGAGCGGUGGCGACUGGGACCGUAGGAAUCGCCUCAAGGCUUACAAGGGCCUGCAUCUCCUCACCACUCGUUCUUACAGCCUGGCCGCGCCUCUUUUGCUCGACAGUUUGUCUACUUUCACAAGCUACGAGCUGUGCAGCUAUUCCUCUCUCGUCAUCUACGCUGUUCUCGCAGGAUCUCUUUCGCUCAAGCGAGUCGAUUUCAAAGCCAAGGUCGUCGAUGCCCCGGAAAUCCGCGCCAUUCUCGGCGAGGGUGAGGAUGUAGUGUCUGCCCUUUCCGGUGCGGUGUCCUCUGGGCCUGGUGCUGGAGACGAAGAGAUGAAAGAUGUGCCGUCGAGUUCUACUCCUGGGGCGGCAUCCACUGCUAUCAACCUGACCAGCCUAGGCGCGGGAUCCAGUGCGCAGGCAGAAAGUGAGCGGGCCAUUGAUUUCUCGCCACUGGCCAACCUUGUGAGCAGUCUCUACAGCGGAACCUACACAUCGUUCUUCGUUGCGCUGGCAGCUGUAGAGGACAACUUCCUGAGCCAGGACCGCUACCUGUACGAGCACCGUGCCUGGUUUGUGCGUGAGAUGCGCUUGAGGGGCUACCAACAACUACUGCAGAGCUACCGGGUGGUCGGACUGAGCAGCAUGGCGGGCGACUUUGGUGUCACUGUCGACUUCCUAGACAGGGACCUGUCCAAAUUCAUUGCCGCCGAGCGGAUAUCAUGCACGAUCGACCGCGUCAACGGAGUCAUCGAGACGAACCGCCCGGACGACAAGAACAAGCAGUACACUGAUUUCGUCAAGCAAGGCGAUGCUCUGAUCACCAAGCUGCAAAAGUACGGCCAGAAUGUGAGGCUGCGGGGAAGCGAGCGGAUUGGACAAAGUUCCCCGUUCUCCGUGGACACGAACGAGAGACUCACCGGUCCCGAAUCGGCGAAGUGCCCGACUCCGGCCGGGCCUCGACUCACCGCCCACCGUUAUCUUCAGACUUCAGAGUCUGACCUCGACAGUUAUACGGCAUCUGUCGCGUCCAUUCGUUUUGUUUCUUCGUUUUGUUUCUUCGUCUGGUUUGAUUUAUUAAUCAUUAAUUAUUUUCUUCUCCGCCAUGCAUUUCAAGCCGAUUCCGGUCUCGCGACUGGUCCAGAGCCCGCGACAACGAUGCUCGUAUUCACUGUUUGCCGCCGGCCAACGCCAGCUAGGCCACGGGAAACCGAUAUCAGGAUUGCUGAUGAGAUUCAACCGCGUGUUACAGUGACCCGAGCAUAUCCAUUCAUUAACAACAGUCGCAACAUGGCCACCCACCGACUCACAUACGACAACAUCCGCCCCGAGGUGCGUGAUGCCCAGUAUGCCGUGCGCGGAGAGCUGGCAAUGAAGGCCGAGGAGUUCAAGGAGCGCCUGGACAAGGGCGACAAAUCGCUACCCUUUGACAACAUCAUCUUCGCCAACAUUGGCAACCCGCAGCAACUGGGCCAGAAGCCCAUUACUUUUUUCCGGCAGGUGCUCAGUAUCUUGGAGUACCCGACACUGCUCGACAACGAGGAGGCGCUCAAGUCGGCAUUUGGGUACAAGCAGGACGUGAUUGACCGUGCAAAGAGGCUGUUGCAAGGAGUCCAGACUGUGGGAGCGUACAGCCACAGUCAGGGAGCACCUUUGCUGCGAGAGAGCGUGGCCAAGUUUCUUGAGCGGCGUGAUGGGUUUCCGGCAGAAGCCAAGGAUAUUUUUUUGACUGGCGGUGCUUCGUCUGGAGUCAACACACUGCUCAAUGUCAUCUGCGAGAACAAGUCGUCUGGUGUUCUGGUGCCGAUUCCGCAGUACCCUCUGUACACGGCUACGCUCUCGCUUCUCAACGCCCACUAUGUGCCUUAUUACCUGGAAGAAGGUAAAGCAUGGGGCACCGACGUCAACACGAUCCGCGAAUCCGUCACCAAGGCCAAAGCCGAGGGCAUCGAUGUCCGCGCCAUCGUGGUGAUCAACCCUGGAAACCCAACGGGUGCCAGUCUGAGCCCGGACGAUAUCAAGAGCGUGCUCGACCUCGCCGUCGAGGAGCGCCUGGUCAUCAUGGCCGAUGAGGUCUACCAAACCAACGUGUUUAUCGGCGAGCACACCUCUUUCAAAAAGCGCCUGCGCCAGCUGCAGCAAGAAGUCGCCGGCAAAUACGACAAUAUCGAGCUCGUCUCGCUGCACAGUGUCUCCAAGGGUAUGGUUGGCGAAUGCGGCCACCGGGGCGGAUACUUUGAGUUGGUCAAUUUCCAUCCGGAUGUGCAGGCCCAAAUCUACAAGUUUAUUAGCAUCAUGUUGUGUCCGUCGGUGAUUGGCCAGUGUUUGGUGGAGAUGAUGGUCAACCCUCCCAAACAAGGCGAGCCCAGCUUUGAGUUGUACAAUGAGGAGUACAAUGGCAUCAAGGAGGGGUUGAAGCAGCGAGCUUUUGCCCUGUAUGAGGCGUUUAAGAAGAUGGAGGGUGUUGACUGCCAGGAGCCACAGGGCGCCAUGUACCUCUUCCCCACCAUCACUCUCCCCGCCAAAGCUAUAUCCGCCGCCGAAGCCGCCGGCAAAAAGGCCGACGAGUUCUACUGUCUCGCACUGUUGGACGCCACGGGCAUCUGUGUCGUUCCCGGCUCUGGGUUUGGACAAAAGGAAGGCACUCUGCAUUUCCGGACGACAUUUUUGGCGCCUGGGACGGAGUGGGUGCAACGGAUUACCAAGUUUCAUGGCGAGUUUAUGGAUAAGUAUCGGUGA